AUGUUGAGAGGUGGGCGCGGUGGCCGUCACAGUCCAGAGCUGUACCCCCACACACUCAAGUGCUCCAAUGCAAGUGAUACUAGCUCUGCAUAUAGUGGAAGUGACACCAUGACCUCUGUGCACAGUUCUUUAGAUAUGGAUAUGGAGGUGGACCUUUCAGGUCUCCUCGAAUCUAUAGUCGAUUCAGAUGAAGAAGAAGAUUUGGAAGAGAGUAUGGACAGUCUGACUGUUCGUGAUGCUGUGAGAGAGUGUCUGGAAAAAGACCCCAGCGAAAGAACUGAUGAUGAUAUUGAAAUUCUUUUAGAGUUUACCCAGCACUUGAAAGCCUUUACAAAUAUGACCUUAACAGUGCGGAGAGCAUUGUGUGCUGUAAUGGUAUUUGCUGUUGUAGAAAAAGCUGAGACAGUUGUUAUGAAUGAUGGCGAAGAACAUGAUUCAUGGUCAGUUCUUAUCAAUGGUCAAGUUGGAAUAGAACACCAAAAUGGAGAAAUUGAAUAUCUUAAUGUUGGAGACAGCUUUGGUAUGGCAGAAGCUACUUUAGAAAAAUUAUAUCAUAGAGGGGUAAUGACUACUAGAUGUGAUGAUUGUCAAUUUGUAUGUGUAACCCAAACAGAUUAUUAUCGCAUCUUACAUCAAGGUGAAGAAAACAUAAGGAGGCAUGAAAAUGAAAAUGGUGUGGUAGUAUUAGUUACUGAGUACAGAGGUGCUGCUGGAGAAUCUGGACAUCAACAAGGACAUGUAGUCAUUAGAGGGACACCUGAACAUUUAAUGUUACAGCUAAUAGAAGAUAACUCUCGUGACUCUACUUAUGUUGAAGAUUUCUUAUUAACGCACAGAACUUUUAUAGAAACACCUCUUGUUGUUGCUAAACAAUUGCUUGCCUGGUUUACUGAACCUUCCGUUCGUGACAAAGUAACACGAGUAGUGUUAUUAUGGGUGAAUAACCACUUCACUGAUUUUGAAACAGAUCCAAACAUGAUGGAGUUUUUGGAAAAUUUUGAAACUGUUCUAGAGUGUGAGAAAAUGGAUAGUCAACUUAAUUUAUUAAAUAUUGCUUGUUCUGCUAAAGCUCGUACUAGAAGUGUCACACUUUCUCGACCCUCUAGGGAUGAACCACUUAAUUUUACUAUUUUGGGAGGCUAUGAAAGAGGAUAUGGAAUAUUUGUGUUAAAGGUAGAAAAACAUUCAAAAGCUGAAGAUGUUGGAUUAAAAAGAGGGGACCAAAUUAUUGAAGUUAAUGGUCAAUCUUUCCGCCAUGUCAGUCAGGCAAAAGCUAUGGAAAUUAUAACGGGUUCAACACAUUUAAGCAUCACAGUAAAAAGUAAUUUAUUAUCAUUUAAGCAUAUGUUAUUAAUGCCUGAAAACUCUCCUAGACAAAGAGGUUGUACUAAUAUGGUACGUUGGCAGACAGAUCCAAGAGCAAGACUCUCUACAGCAGAACUACUUAGUGAUGAUCCCCUCACUUUAACACCAGUUUUCCAGUCACCUACCAAAAAACCUCAACAAAUUAAUAUCAAAAAAGAACCACAGAAAGGUUUUAUGACACUAGGCCCUAAAAGAAGAUUACAGAAAGCUUUAAUGAAAAUGAACAUUCUACCAAAAAAUACAAUCACUGAUGGUAUUCAUAACGAUGACAGUAUUCUCUCCAAUUCAGAAUCUUUAAACAAAGCCACUAGCACCUCAUUCUACAAUUCACACAGUAAUCCAGAUUUGAUAUCUAUUUGCUAUGAUGAAUAUCAGUCUUCUGAUUAUCCUGAACAUGUUCUUAAAGUAUAUAGAGCAGAUCAAACAUGCAAAUAUUUAUUAGUACAUAAAGAAACAACAGCUAGAGAGGUUGUUAUGCUUACUUUACAAGAAUUUGGUAUUACUGAUCCCAGUUCUAAUUUCUCUCUGUGUGAAGUUUCAGUAGCUCAAGGAGGUAUAAUAAAGCAACAUAGGCUACCUGAUCAGUUAGGCAAUCUUGCUGAACGCAUAGGUCUAAGUUCCAGAUAUUAUCUAAAAACGAAUGGUGUAAGUGAAACUUUAGUACCUGAUGAGAUGGCGCCAGAACUUCUCAGAGAAAGUGUAGUGCAUUUCUUGCAGCUAAAUGCUGUCGAAGUAGCUGUACAGUUAACAUUGCAAGAUUUUUGUAUUUUUCGACAAAUUGAAAGCACAGAAUAUGUUGAUGACCUAUUUGAAUUGAAGAGCAGAUACGGUACACCAAUGUUGUCACAAUUUUCUGGACUUGUCAAUAAAGAAAUGUUUUGGGUUGUAACUGAAGUAGUCAAUGAACAAAAUCUUGUAAGAAGAUCAAAAAUAAUUAAACAGUUUAUAAAAGUAGCUCGUCAUUGUAAAGAAUGUAAAAAUUUUAACUCAAUGUUUGCUAUAAUAUCUGGAUUAGGGCACGGAGCUGUAUCAAGACUGCGUAUGACGUGGGAGAAACUACCCACAAAGUAUAAUAAGCUUUUCUUCGAUUUACAAAUGCUAAUGGAUCCUUCAAGAAAUAUGUCAAAAUACCGCCAACUAGUGACGACUGAACAAGGCAGAUCCCCAGUGAUACCAUUUUACCCAGUGGUCAGAAAAGAUUUGACAUUUAUCCAUCUAGGCAACGAUACAAAGGUAGAAGGGAUGGUCAAUUUUGAAAAACUCAGAAUGAUUGCUAAAGAGGUAAGAACACUCACAAAUAUGUGCAAUGCACCAUACGAUCUACUUACAUUACUAGAGUUGGGAAAACAACCACCAUCUAAUGCUAUGGUAGCACUGAAUCAGCUCACCACUGGGGUACAACAAGGGCAAGUUACAGUAAAAAGAAGGAAAAAAUCUUCAAAUGUUCCCAACCCAAAAAAAAUGUUUGAAGAAGCACAAAUGGUACGACGUGUCAAAGCAUAUUUAAAUCGUAUGCAUGUCGAAACAGAUGAAGAACGGCUUCAUGCGUUAUCGUUAGAAUGCGAAGGUUCCGGGCCCGCUCCAAUGGUUCCGCGUCGGCGACAUCCGUCACCUUCUCUUUCGACCACAAGCAGUGCCUCCUCAGCCAGCGAAAGUAAAAAAAGCUUUGCGGGAAAUAAAUUCGGCGCUGCCUCCCCGCAGGCAGUUCGAAAGUUGCUCGCUCUUUCCGAGCCGGCUAAAACUAGGCCACAUCAACCGAGACCGCCGCCCCCCGGCCCGUCUCCGUGCUCGCAUCGGCGGGACGGGCCAGGCCCGGGUAUAUGCUGCUCUCGGGCGGCUCACGAGAGAUCUCACUCGGACACGCCAACGCCGCUGCCCGUAGACCUGUCUGCGGAGAGCAGCAGUGUGACAUCGCUAGUGAACUUGCCAUUGAGGAAGACGGGGUCCGCGACGUCGAGCGACAGUGGACACGGCUCGUGCACGACUACGAGCUGCGUGCGGCCCGUGCCGCCGCCGCGCAUGCCCUACACGCUGGCGGCGCAGGUCGCACGCCUCGAGCGGCUAAGCCGCGCGCACUCGCACGAGGGCGUCACCCGCCCCUACGACUACUACCACGACGCGCCAGAUGACGAGGACGACGACCAACAGGUCUCCGCUGUU